AUGAAAUGUGGCGACUCACAUAAUAGGAUUAUUCACCCUGGAAUACCAAUCAAGUCUCUUGACGGAGAAGAGAGCUGUGCGGUUACAGCAACGCGGGCUGCACUUGCCAAUUACCCCUGCCCCAAAUGUUUGGUUCAUCACAACGAGCUACAUAACAUCAAUGGAACAUUUGAGCCCCGCAUUACCAAGACUAUGCAGAAGGCUUAUCUUGAUUCUACUCGAGCGCCAAACAAAAGCGAAGCUGAACGAAUCUUACAGAGCCGGGGGCUUCAUGCUACGCAGAAUUUCUUCUGGUCUUUACACUACUCGGACCCGUAUCUAUCAGUUUCCUACGACAAACUUCACUCGGACGACUUAGGAAAGUGGGGGAAACACUUGUGGCCCCUGUUGCUUAGUGUUCUAGCCGAAGAUGGAGUCAAAGGGCAGCUAGCAAGGAACAUGCGAAACGUUUCUCGCUGGCGCAACCUUAAACACUUUGGUAAUGUCACAACAGUUGAUUACGCAGAUGGUCAAGACGUCUCAAGAGACUACGGAAAAUCAUUCGAUUUCUUCAAACAACAUUUCGUCAAUCAUGUUAUUGAGGAUAUCCAACAAAAGGGUGCUACUGACAACUAUGAAACAAGAGUCGGUGAAGGAAUUCACCACGAGGUUCGUCAAGCUUACAAACAGACUAAUUGCAAGAACACGGAUCCACAGGUAUGCUCCUGUCUUUCUAUCAAAAUCUGA